CGCACUCCAAAUUCGGCCUCUUUUUGUCUGGCGAGCGUGGUCGCAGAGGGGAGCUUUGGAGGGGCGCUGCGAUCGCCGAGCGGGCGACCCCCGGGGUGACAGACGACCGCUCGGGAAGUGGGCAGUGCCGGGGCCGCGUGAGCCCCGGGUGGUGCCCGAGGUGCAGGGAGGCGCCCGGCCGGGAGGACCGAGGAGCUGGAGGGUGUUUUUGAUUCAUUCGAGAAUCGCGCUCUUUAAAACGGGGAAACUUUCCUACGAGUUCCAGGAGGGAGGACCGACUGUUAGGAUGGUUUCUCUGGUCUUGCUGUUCUGUCUGCGGCCGGAGGCUGAAGCGCUUUGAGGACUGCUUUCCACCGCUAGAGUAUUGUCAAGGGGGAGAGACGGAAGGCCGCCUGGCUGCUGGGACCAGGACCCGGGGGGAUGGUUUGGGGGUGCAGGGUAGCUCCCAGGUAUGCAGCAGCGGGGCUCCAGAGGCAACGAGAUGAUGCCCUUUUCCCCGAGCCCUGGCUGAGCCCUCUGAAACGCAUGCUGUGAGCACGUUAUUAACCUUUGCUGGUAUCCGGGGACACACACACUUAGAACAUAGAAUCCUCUGCUGGGCAUGGAGGCGGCCGGGCAUUCGCAGCGGAGAGCGCCAGCUCACGGUGUGUGCGUUUCUCUCAGGAAGCCGCUCUGUGACCCACCUCUGAAUCCCACAAAACUACACCAGAGAGCCGGGCGCAAGAUGAACCAGCACCCUGUCGGCUCAAGAUGCACCAGACCCUCUGCCUGAACCCCGAGAGCCUGAAAAUGUCUGCGUGCAGUGACUUUGUGGAGCACAUCUGGAAACCCGGGUCCUGCAAGAACUGCUUCUGCCUGCGGAGCGACCACCAGCUGGUGGCCGGCCCUCCCCAGCCCAGAGCCGGCAGCCUGCCCCCUCCACCGCGCCUGCCUCCCAGGCCUGAGAACUGCCGCCUGGAAGAUGAAGGUGUGAACAGCUCACCUUACUCCAAGCCCACAAUUGCCGUGAAGCCCACCAUGAUGAGCUCCGAGGCCUCUGAUGUGUGGACAGAGGCCAACCUGAGUGCCGAAGUCUCGCAGGUCAUCUGGAGACGAGCCCCUGGCAAGCUCCCCCUCCCGAAGCAGGAGGAUGCCCCCGUCGUCUACCUGGGCAGCUUCCGAGGUGUACAGAAGCCUGCUGGUCCCUCUACCUCCCCUGAUGGCAAUUCUCGCUGUCCCGCAGCUUACACCAUGGUCGGCCUGCACAACCUUGAGCCCCGCGGCGAGAGGAAAAUUGCCUUCCACCCAGUGAGCUUCCCGGACGAGAAGGCUGGGCACAAAGAAAAUCCCUCAUUUCCUUACCAAGACCGGCCCUCCACCCAGGAGAGCUUCCGCCAGAAACUGGCUGCCUUUGCUGGGACCACAUCUGGCUGUCACCAGGGCCCUGGGCCCCUGCGGGAAUCCCUGCCCUCGGAGGAUGACGGUGAUCAAAGGUGCUCGCCCUCCGGGGACAGCGAGGGUGGAGAGUACUGCUCCAUCCUGGACUGCUGCCCUGGGAGCCCUGUUGCCAAGGCUGCCUCCCAGACUGCAGGUUCCCGGGGCAGGCAUGGUGGCAGGGACUGCUCACCCACGUGCUGGGAGCAGGGGAAGUGUUCCGGGCCCGCAGAUCAGGAGAAGAGGGGCCCGAGCUUCCCCAAGGAGUGCUGUAGCCAGGGCCCCACUGCCCACCCAUCCUGCCUGGGCCCCAAGAAACUGUCCCUCACCUCGGAGGCUGCCAUUUCUUCCGACGGCCUCUCUUGUGGCAGCGGCAGUGGCAGUGGCGCCAGUAGCCCCUUCGUCCCCCACCUCGAGAGUGAUUACUGCUCCCUCAUGAAGGAACCUGCCCCAGAGAAGCAGCAGGACCUUGGCUGCCCAGGGGUGACCCCUAGCAGAUGCCUUGGGCUGACGGGGGAGCCCCAGCCCCUGGCCCACCCCCGGGAGGCUACACAGCCUGAACCCAUCUAUGCUGAGAGCACCAAGAGGAAGAAGGCAGCUCCGGUGCCUUCCAAGUCUCAGGCCAAGAUAGAACAUGCAGCUGCUGCCCAGGGCCAAGGCCAGGUAUGCACAGGUAAUGCCUGGGCCCAGAAAACAGCAUCUGGCUGGGGCCGGGACAGCCCAGACCCAACUCCCCAGGUGUCAGCCACCAUCACAGUCAUGGCGGCCCACCCGGAAGAGGACCAUCGGACGAUCUACCUGAGCAGCCCUGACUCUGCAGUGGGGGUGCAGUGGCCACGAGGGCCUGUGAGCCAGAACUCUGAGUUAGGUGAAGAGGAGACUUCGGCUGGGCAGGGGCUGAGCUCCAGGGAAAGCCAUGCUCACAGUGCCAGCGAGAGCAAGCCCAAGGAGAGGCCUGCCAUUCCCCCCAAGUUGUCCAAGAGUAGCCCUGUAGGGUCCCCGGUGUCACCAUCUGCCGGAGGGCCCCCAGUGUCACCGCUGGCUGACCUUAGUGAUGGGAGCUCUGGCGGCAGCAGCAUUGGGCCCCAGCCUCCAUCCCAAGGUCCUGCUGACCCCGCUCCUUCCUGCGGGACCAAUGGUGUCACUAUCAGUGACCCAUCCAGGUGUCCCCAGCCUGCGGCCUCCUCAGCCUUGGAACAGAGGCGGCCCAGGUUCCAGGCAGGCACCUGGAGUCGUCAGUGCCGGAUAGAGGAAGAAGAGGAGGUGGAGCAGGAAUUGCUGAGUCACAGCUGGGGAAGAGAGACCAAAAAUGGCCCCACGGACCAUUCAAACACCACGACCUGGCACCGUCUCCACCCCACAGAUGGCUCCUCUGGGCAGAGCAGCAAAGUUGGGACCGGGAUGAGCAAAUCCGCCUCUUUUGCCUUUGAGUUCCCCAAGGACAGAAGUGGGAUUGAGACAUUCUCACCUCCUCCUCCGCCUCCAAAGUCGAGGCACCUUCUGAAAAUGAACAAGAGCAGCUCUGAUUUGGAAAAAGUGAGCCAGGGCUCUGCAGAAAGCCUCAGCCCAUCCUUCAGGGGUGUCCACGUCAGCUUCACCACCAGCUCCACGGACAGCCUGGCCUCAGACUCCAGGACCUGCAGCGAUGGAGGUCCCUCGUCUGAGCUGGCUCACUCGCCCACCAACAGCGGGAAGAAGCUCUUUGCUCCCGUUCCGUUUCCUUCAGGCUCCACUGAGGAUGUGUCCCCCAGUGGCCCCCUGCAGCCCCCUCCACUCCCCCAGAAAAAGAUAGUGAGCCGGGCAGCCUCUUCACCGGAUGGCUUCUUCUGGACCCAAGGCUCCCCCAAGCCCCGCACAGCAAGCCCCAAGCUGAACCUAAGCCACUCAGAAACCAACGUCCACGACGAAUCUCACUUUAGCUAUUCGUUGAGCCCCGGGAACCGCCACCAUCCUGUCUUCUCCUCUACUGAUCCUCUGGAGAAAGCUUUCAAAGGCAGUGGCCACUGGCUUCCGGCAGCAGGGCUGGCGGGCAACAGAGGCGGCUGCGGGAGCCCUGGCCUCCAGUGCAAAGGGGCCCCCUCCGCCUCAUCCUCCCAGCUGAGCGUGUCCAGUCAAGCCUCCACCGGGAGCACCCAGCUUCAGCUGCACGGUCUCCUGAGCAACAUCAGCAGCAAGGAGGGCACCUAUGCCAAGCUGGGGGGACUCUACACCCAGUCCCUGGCCCGCCUUGUAGCCAAAUGUGAGGACCUCUUCAUGGGCGGCCAGAAAAAGGAGCUCCACUUCAAUGAGAAUAACUGGUCACUCUUCAAGCUGACUUGUAACAAGCCCUGCUGUGACUCGGGGGAUGCCAUUUAUUACUGUGCCACCUGCUCUGAGGACCCCGGCAGCACCUAUGCUGUGAAAAUCUGCAAAACCCCUGAGCCCAAAACAGUCUCCUACUGCAGCCCGUCCGUGCCCGUGCACUUUAACAUCCAGCAGGACUGCGGCCACUUCGUCGCCUCGGUGCCGUCCAGCAUGCUCAGCUCCCCCGAAGCGCCCAAGGACCCUGUGCCUGCCCUGCCCGCACACCCCCCUGCCCAGGAGCAGGACUGCGUGGUGGUCAUCACCCGAGAGGUGCCACAUCAGACCGCCUCCGACUUCGUGCGGGACUCGGCGGUCAGCCACCAGGCGGAGCCCGAGGCGUACGAGCGGCGCGUGUGCUUCCUGCUUCUGCAACUCUGCAACGGGCUGGAGCACCUGAAGGAGCACGGGAUCAUCCACCGGGACCUGUGCCUGGAGAACCUGCUGCUGGUGCACUGCACCCUCCAGGCCGGCCCCGGGCCCGCCCCCGCCCCCGCCCCCGCCCCGGCUCCCGCCCCCGCUCCCGCCCCCGCCGCCGCCGCGCCUCCCUGCUCCUCUGCCGCCCCGCCUGCAGGUGGCACUCUCAGCCCCGCAGCCGGCCCCGCCUCCCCGGAAGGGCCCCGGGAGAAGCAGCUGCCCCGGCUCAUCAUCAGCAACUUUUUGAAGGCCAAGCAGAAGCCGGGCGGCACCCCAAACCUGCAGCAGAAGAAGAGCCAGGCCCGGCUGGCUCCCGAGAUCGUGUCUGCUUCCCAGUACCGCAAGUUCGAUGAGUUCCAGACAGGCAUCCUCAUCUACGAGCUGCUGCACCAACCCAACCCGUUCGAGGUGCGCGCCCAGCUGCGGGAGCGAGACUACCGGCAGGAGGACCUGCCGCCGCUGCCCGCGCUGUCCCUCUACUCACCCGGCCUGCAGCAGCUGGCACAUCUGCUACUGGAGGCCGACCCCAUCAAGCGUAUCCGCAUCGGGGAGGCCAAGCGCGUGCUGCAGUGCCUGCUGUGGGGGCCUCGGCGCGAGCUGGUGCAGCAGCCGGGCACCUCGGAGGAGGCGCUGUGCGGCACGCUGCACAACUGGAUCGACAUGAAGCGGGCCCUGAUGAUGAUGAAGUUUGCGGAGAAGGCGGUGGAUCGCAGGCGGGGCGUGGAGCUGGAGGACUGGCUUUGCUGCCAGUACCUGGCGUCUGCGGAGCCCGGGGCCCUCUUACAGUCGCUGAAGCUCCUGCAGCUUUUGUGAGCCAAGCCCCAGCCUGCACUGUCGCUGCCCCUUCCCUGCCUAACCCUUUCCUGUCUUGCCUUGGAAGCACCCAUGUCUCCCUGGGAAAUGGUACAGAUGACUGGUAUACCUGGAUGUAAAAUAUAUAAAUAUAUAUAUAGAAAAUACAUAUACCAUAUAUAAAUAUGAAAGACUAAGGAUGCUGUUGCCCGUCCACACUCGUCUCCUCUCUGCACUAAGUCCUCCCUGUUUUCUUCUGUAAUUAUACACAUUUCCAGUUCCAUGCAACGUCCUGAGGACAGUUCUGUGAACAGAAUGCAGCCUGGACACUGGCCUCAAUACCUUGUUUAGGAUUUCUUCACCCUUUUGUCAAAUUGUUAUUUAAAGAAAAAAAAAAAAGAAGAAAAUUCCAUUAAAAUUUUUUUUGGUUGAGUCAUGAGCAAAGCUCUUUAUCCUUAAGUGCCUGAGUGUAUUAAUAUGUUUGGUGGGUAAAACGGAGCUGUCUUUGGUCUUAACGCUUUUCAGGAGUUAGAGCAGCAGUCUGCAAAGGACCAGGCAAGUGGGUACCAAUUAAUCUUCCCUGUUUCUCUUCCCACCUGGCAGCCUUCUGGAACGAAUCCAGACACAGCCGCUGUGAUCCCAGUGGUUUGGAAUUCAAACCCAUUUCCAGUUUGCUAAAGCUGGUUGCCAUUUGUAUCAUUCAGAGACGUGCCUGAAAACGGAGUCCACCCCAGAUGGCUCAGAUGAAAAGAACUUAAGGGGACCACUUAGCUAGGUGUGAUCAGGGUUAUGAGAGCAAAGGGUGACAAGGCCAAAAGCAAGGGCCAGAACAGCAGGACAGGGGAACUUACAGGAGGUAUUCGCGCUGAGAUGUCUACAGCCGGAGAUGGGAGUCUCUGUUUCCCAUCUGUCAUCUCCAACCUAAUAGGAUGCCAGACAGCAAGGGACCUUGGGUGAUGCAGUCUGGAGGACCAGCCUCCCGGGGCAGGGAGGAGGGAGAGAAUGCAUGGGACGCCAGGUGGCAAACGGCCCACUGUUCCUACCGUACUAGAUACUGGCAGGGCAAGCAUAGAAUUCAGGUGUUUCAACUCCCAGGCCAGUACUCCCUCUGCUGUUCGGGCCUCCUUCAAGUCUCCUUUUCUAAAACCUCAUUUAACGCACCCAUUGGCACCUACAAGUUACUGGAGUCAAUAUUUGUUACUACGCCUUUAAAAACACACAAGGAAAAUUAGGAGGCAUCAGAUCUUUCCUCGUCAAAACUAGACACAGGCACGAAAGUCAAAAAUUACCUAUUUGAAGAGAAAUAGCCCCAAGACUCUUGUAUUUCUACCUAAUGGGUAAUCUUCCAACUACAGGACUAAUUGAUUUCUAAAACCUUGUGAAUAACUCUGGACAAAUUAAAACAAAUACAAAGAUCUGAAUGGAUGUUUUAGAAACCUGGGGAUGCACUUAGCAGGAAGGAUAGGGAACUCUCCCAGGUCCUCUUCUGCAUAUUAAUUUCAAUCCUUUUGUGAGUUCCACCUUCCAGCCCCUGACUACAUGUAAACACAUUCAUCUUUCCAUGCAUCGGUGGUGAAGACAGCACCUGGGGCGCAUUUGUAAUUUCAAUUGUUUCCUGAGCAUUGAGGAAAGAACUGAAGCAAAACCAGCUCCCAACUCAUUUGUACAAGAGAAGGAGUCUGCAAAUGUGGAAAUCAUAUUUCUCCCCAGGACCUAUCUGUUUCGGGGGGGCAUUAUUUGCCAGUUCUUUCUUUGUCCCUCGGAAUUUUCCAGGCAAACCCUCUGCCAUCAAUUUGAUGUCUUUUGCUUUUUUGUCCUUUUUCACUUCAAGUAAAUAAACAAUGGAGAGGGAGGAGCAAAUAUUCUGACAGGGGAAUGCAGUGCCAUUAGAAAAUAAGGCCCGGCGUGGUGGCUCAUGCCUGUAAUCCCAGCACUUUGGGAGGCCAAGACAGGUCAAUCACCUAAGGUCAGGAGCUUGAGACCAGCCUGGCCAACAUGGAGAAACCCUGUCUCUACUAAAAAUACAAAAAUUAGGUGGGUGUGCAUGCCUGUAAUCCCAGCUACUCAGGAGGCUGAAGCAGGAGAAUCACUUGAACCCAGGACGUGGAGGUUACGGUGAGCCAAGAUCAUACCACUGCACUCCAGCCUGGGUAACAGAGUGAGACUCUAUCAAAAAAAAGAAGAAAGAGAAGAAAAGAAAAGAAAGAAAAAGAAAGACAGGAAAAAAGAGAGAGAGAAAGAAAGAGAAAAAAAAGAAAGGGAAAGAAAGAAAGAAGGAGAGAGAAAGAAAGAAAGAAAGAAAUGUCUUAGGAGCCACAUUUUUAAUUCCUGAAUUAAUUGUAACUUUUUUAUACCACCCACUUCAGAAAAAAAAAUGAGGUUGUAAAAACUGUUCUAAGAACCAACAUGAACCAAAAAAUAAAGGAUAAAGAAAAAACAAUAGCAAUAAAUUCUGUAUGAGAGGAAUAAGAGCAAUUAAACAUAAAACUUACUUCUGAGCUGUCCACCAACCUAUAAAAAGAAAACUGGUUGCAGAAUUCUUUGUGGUGUGCAAUUUUAGGAAACAGUUCGUCAGAAGGAAGAAAUUUUUGCCCAGUGCUUGGUUCUGAAGGAAAUUUGUCAAGGAUUCUUUGUUUGAAGACAUUGAAUAAUGCCCCAAUAGCAGUUUUAAAAAGAAAUAAAAAAAGAAUUUUUUGAACAUAGGUGUCAUGAGCGAUGCCAGGUUAAAAAUAACCAGGUCCACACAUGCUUGUGUCUUUCCACAAUGUCAGGCUUUUAUUGUUGCUAAUUCAGUCACAAAAGCCAGAGGCUACAUGGAGUUCCCAAGGAAGCAAUUCUCUUUAGUACCUCCUGUUCUCUUGGUAGUCAGAGCCUCAGGCACACAGGCUUGAGCCACUCCAGAAGUCAGUCAAUAUGGGAAACCAUACAUAAUAGUAUGCUUAAUCAAUAUACAUAUAUUACAGAUUAAACAUUCCACAAUAAACAAAGUAGCAUUGAACAUGAAGAGGAGAAAGAGAUAGAAAGGUUAAGGAACCAGUCCAGUGGGAGCAGGUCAGUCUUGCAAGGAAGAGUGUUUGAGGUGGCAGAAGCAGAUGCCAAGUUCUUGUCAUGAGUGACUGCAAGACAGUAUCAGUUAAAACAGCCCCAUUUCGAGCUGCUGAAGGCCUGACAUUUUAAAGUCACAGAGUCCUCUGGUGAGAACUGAUCUUGGACCAGUGUGCUUGUUUGUGUCUUUAUCUGAUUGGAUGCAAUCUUUAUCUUUUUUAUUUAUUAAACAAAACAUCUUAUCCUUGUUGGCAAAGUGCCCUCUGAAACAUAAAAUGAAGUCUUAUUCUAAGAUGGAGUUUGUUAUAUCAAGGGUACUCUAUACGAUAGGGCAUUUUUUUAUCGCUACCAUUGGUGAAGUUUAAAUAUGGAGUGUUAAAAUCUAGUUUCCUCAAGUUCUCUGGAAAUGAUUGCCACUCAUUCCUCUCCAUGGGUUGGCCUUUUCCAUAAAUGAUUAGUCAUGUGGCUGUAAAUAUUAGGUUUAGCAAACAACUUCAGUCGCACUAAAUUCAGAGGUUCAAUAUAACUGGCUUUUUGUUACUUCAAAAUACACCUAGGCUGCAUGGCUUUAUCUCACAGAAGACUCUAGCAUGAAAUCCAUUAUGCCCAGAAACAAUAGUUUGUUCUGCAGGACUGAGGUUCAGAAAUAAUCAGGGACUUUUGUACGAGGACAGUUGCAGGAUCUGGCAAUGUAAUACUCCUGUUAUCAGUGAGUUCAUCUCCCAUUUUUCAUGGCUCUAAACCCAACUACUGGUAUUUAAAUCUCCAGUUUUUCUUCUCUCCCACUGAGUCAAGUCAUCCCCAUUAUGUUUUCCACAUAUGUAAUUUUUGUUGUUUGUAAGCCAUUCUCAUUUUCAUGCCAAGAUGUGGAAUCGUUUUUCUUCUAAUUUUUUUAAUGUAGGCAUUACAAAGCCUCAUAUCUAAAUAGUUAUAUCCUUGCCAGAAGCCAGAUAAGCGCUUUAGGGAUUAUUUAUUUAUCUUAACAUAUGGCUCAGAUCUGAAAAGACUGGUUUUGGGGAGCUGUAGUUACCACUUUAUAUAACACUUCAUGGUUUCCAAGAGCUUAGAGCUGAAAAAACUCUUUUGAGAUGUGCGCGUGUACAUAAAAUAAUUAUAAAGAUUUUCUAAAAGGAAGACACAUGUUACUUUAGUGAGUUCUAAAUUUGCUCUUAAAAUACAGUCAAUAAAUGAAGCAGCCCUUUUCUGCUCUGUUGAAUAUCUGAAAACCUUUGGAGAUCUAAAGAUUAGCUUACCAAAUCCCACUAAAAAUAGUAGAUUUGUAACAUAAAACCAACUUGCCAUUUUUAAGAGACGGUGAUGUGAAUGGAAUUUAUUUAUUAGAAAUCAAAGUUUAACCCAGCUGAUGUCAUUGUUGAAAAAAAAGAAACUAAAAGCAAGAAUAAAAUGGUUGGAACAAGUA